AGUACCAUUCCUGAGUGGACAGAUACCAGGUAACAGUACCAUUCCUGAGUUGACAGAUACCAGGUAACAGUACCAUUCCUGAGUGGACAGAUACCAGGUAACAGUACCAUUCCUGAGUGGACAGAUACCAGGUGACAGAACCAUUCCAGAUUGGACAGAUACUGGUUAACAGUGCCAUUCCAGCAUGGAGAGAUAGCGGGUAGCCGAACAAUUCCGGAGUGGACAAAUACCAGGAUUAGAAAUUCUGCUGUGACAAUGAGCUGGGCUAUUGCUAUAUACAUGGUCAUAUUGUUCCUGGAGUUGUCAGUAGGAUGUUCAGUUAUUAUCUGGAAAUGUUCUGUAGGUGGAGCUGAUUUAGAGUGUAAAGUAGCCAUUGGUGGAACAAUCACAAGUAUUGCAAUAUGGUUGCUAGUGAUUCUUGUCUGUCCAUGCUAUGUGAGUCAGUGUGAGAUCUGUAACAUGCUGGACGACCUAAUACAGAAAUGUUCUCACUAUUUCGGAAAAAUACGGGCCACGAAACCUCACAUCAUGUAUAUACAGAAUGAAGUAUACCUUCCAACAACUGUAUCACUGUUAGAAAACAGACAUGAAGAUUCUGUGUCCAACAGCGAGGAUACUGCUGAACUCAUUCAAAAAGUAGAAACUGGAAGCUUUGUACUAGGAGAUAAAGUUGCUAUAAAUUCUGUACUCACAACUAUUGUGGCAAAACAGCUGGAGAAAAUACAGUUUGAACCUGUUUCAGACAGCCAAGAUGUUCCUCUACUAAGUGGGUUGGAACAAGGCACCAGUUACAGCCAAACAUAUUACGUCCAACAUGUGACAGACAGGAACAUUGACCACAGCUCAUUGAUGAAUAAUCUCGUGCAUGAGGAAACAGGGGACUGAGACUAAUCAGCUGCCAAUGUACAGUGUUAGACGCCUCCUGUGUUACAUGCAAAUAUGUCACAGGAAACUAACUAUAAUGUUAAAUGUUUUUGUGAAUUUAUGAGGCAUUUUAAAAGUGGAAAAUACCCAUUUGCUGCAAAUGUACAUUGUGAGUUUUACCUGCAUCUCAGAGGAGCAUCAUAUCAAUCAUAUAAUUGACAGUGGAUAAAUCAUAAUUAUCAUUUACAAGGCAUAAAUCAUAGCAUUGAUGAUGAAUAAAUCAUAGCAUUGAUGAUGAAUAAAUCAUAUGAUUGAUGAUGGAUAAAUCAUAGCAUUUACAAGACAUAGAUACUAUCAUAGGUGAUUGAUAAACCAUAUCAUUUACAAGGCAUAAAUCAUAUCAUUGAUGAUGGACAAAUCAUAUACUAGUAUUUGAUGAUGGAUGAAUUAUAAGAGACAGUAUAACCGGUAUUCCAUUUCUUUACUGAGAAAACUGGUUUUUGUAAAUACUUCAUGCGUAAAAAUGCUUUACUAUGCUUCAUUUAGUAAACUGCUUCAAGAACUAUUCAGAAGCAUAGUUUAGGACAGUGGUGAAAGUGCUAACUGUUGGUAUUAAUACUGAAACUUCGUUCGAAAAAAUUGUCAUUUGUACGGAAUUGUUCUAAUAAAGAUAGUUUUACUGUACAUUGGACAUUUGCAAUUUAAAAUUCUGUUCCUGCACACCGAUCUGGUGUUUCCAGUGAUUUUACCCAUGCCAUCAAAACCAGUCUGGCAGCCCCGUUGAUGACAACUAGCGAUUCAUGGAUUGAUUGUAUAUUGUUUAUGUAAAAUACAAAAAAAUCAGGUACCUUGAUAGUUUCUCUCCCUUCCUUAUAGUUUAUUUUUCGAUUCAAAAUAUGCAAUUUUAUGGUAAGAACAUAACGUUACGCUACAAACAAUAAAGCUAAAGUGAAACUUUGUUAUUGUAUGUCAUUUCUGUUUACGGAUGUUAAUAUCCUGCGCUCUACUAUAAGAAAGAGUGCAACAAAGAAUGAAUUUCUAUUUGUUUUAUUUAUUCUGUUAUUUUUAAAAUACGGUAUGCAAGAAAAAUAAUUAAUCUGUGAGA